AUGGACUCACCUCUCUCCCAGGCCUCAUCUCAGCUGCAACGCAUGCGAACCUACAGCAACUACUCUGUCCACCCUCUCGACAACCGCGGCGCCGUCCGCAAACGGGCCCCAUCGUCGUCGCAAUACUCGGUGUCGGCGACGCAGGCAGACCGUCUCUACCAGUACGCCCUCGAGCAACAGUCGAGUGCGGCCGAGAGCUGUGGGGUGUCCUUAACGUCAGCUCCGCACUGGCUCACACCUCAGUCCUCGCCGCAGCCCCAGGGCUUUCCCGAAGCUCAUCAACAUAUUGAGCCCUUUCCUCAGUGGUCCGUCCCGACACCGCCUCGUUCCGACUCUGGACUGCCCACUGUGUUUGAUGCAAAUGAAGUUCCGGUGACCACAGGCAUCAGCGCGACUGCAGACUUCACCUUCCACCAACAGCCCACUGCUGCGGCAGAGAUGAGUUCGCUAGGCUUCUUGUUGCCUUCGCAGUACGGCUCCGGCCCCAUCGAAGCUGAACCUGGCAGCUACAACAUGGAGCAGAACUACAUUCCACCGCCGCGUCUGUCGCAAGCUCAAACAACUAGCGGAGCAUCUGCAUAUGCGCAGACCGCUUCAUCCAGUCCUGCGCUCUACCAAAGUCGAUCAGCUCCUCCGACGCAUGAGAACUUCAGACGAUACUCGGACCUGUCGAACACGAACACGCCAGAACCGUCAUACAACCCCUCGUUUCGACGGAUGACCAGCUCGUACGACUCUGGAAGCAGUGUCGACUACUCGAUGGUCACCGGGCAAUCGAUCCCAUCGAUCAGCGGCCUCGUUCAGAGCCCUCAACCGUCACCCCACCUCGGAUCCAACACUUCGGGCAUGAUGCCGCAAUACUCCAACCCAUCGAGAUCACCAAGCCUAUACGAACAAAAUAUGUACAGCCAGUCGUUCUCGUCAGCACCGACCUCAGCACCAGUCUAUAGCCAAAGCCUCAGCUACCCUCCGCCGUUCGUCGGAAGCAGCGUCAACGAAGUCAUGGCCAAACCACUCGGCAGCGACGCCUCGAUCCGCGUGCUCAACCAGCGACCCAAGCCGCAGUGCUGGGAGCACGGCUGCAACGGACGCCAAUUCUCUACCUUCAGCAACCUGCUGCGACACCAGCGGGAGAAGUCAGGAUCCGCGUCCAAGUCAUACUGCCCCAAGUGCGGCGCCGAGUUCACCAGGACGACGGCGCGGAACGGCCAUUUGGCGCAUGACAAGUGCACGAAGACGAGGAGGCCGAGUGACCCACAGUGA